AUGGAUUCAAAAGAAUCUAGCAUAAGUGUCUCUGUAAGGGUACGGCCCUUUACAGAGCAUGAGAAUAGGAAUUUGGUCACGUAUGAAGAUCUGGUGUUCUUAGGUGACGGCUCAUUUAAAGAGACUGAGAAAUUCAAACCUUUAGGUAUAAGAAAUAUCAUCAAUGUAGUAGAUGAUAAGAUGUUAAUAUUUGACCCUCCCGAGACAAAUCCUUUGAAUAGAAUGCAUCGAAAAGUAUUCUCAUCUCCUAAUUCACGUAUAAGGGAACAUAGAUUUAUUUUUGAUAGGCUAUUCGACAUGAAAGCUACACAACAAGAAGUUUUUGAAAAUACUACCAAACCUUUAUUGGAUAGCAUACUUGAUGGUUUCAAUGCUACAGCUUUUGCCUAUGGUGCUACUGGCUGCGGUAAAACUCAUACUAUCUCGGGUACUCCUAAUGAUCCUGGUAUCAUCUUCUUAACAAUGAAAGAAUUAUAUAAUAAGAUUGAAGAUAUGAAUGACGAUAUAAUCGAAAUAACUUUAUCAUUCUUGGAAAUUUAUAAUGAAACCAUCAAAGAUUUGCUCAACCCUGUGACAAAUAAUAAAAGGUUGGCUAUAAGAGAAGAUGCAAAUAAGAAAGUUACGGUAUCAAAUUUAUCUGUUCAUUCACCUCAAAAUGUUGAAGAAGUAAUGAAUCUAAUCAUCGAAGGCAACAAGAAUAGAACUUGCUCUCCUACGGAAGCAAAUUUGACAUCUUCAAGAUCACAUGCUGUAUUACAAAUAAAUAUAUCGAAAAAAAAAAGGUCAGUUGAUUUGGUCGAAGAGCAUACCUAUGCUACAUUGUCGAUUAUUGAUUUAGCAGGUAGUGAAAGAGCUGCUGCAACUAAAAAUCGGGGUCAAAGGUUGAACGAGGGGGCAAAUAUCAACAAAUCCCUACUAGCUUUAGGGAAUUGCAUAAAUGCAUUAUGUGAUCCAAGGAAAUCGAAACAUAUUCCUUAUAGAGAUUCUAAAUUAACUAGAUUAUUAAAAUUUUCAUUAGGAGGGAACUGUAAAACAUGUAUGAUUGUCUGUGUAUCCCCUUCCUCCACACAUUAUGAUGAAACUUUGAAUACUUUGAAGUAUGCUAAUAGAGCCAAAGAGAUCAAAACAAAAUUGACUAGAAAUCAGCAUAAUUUAGAUAGACAUGUCGGUUCUUAUCUCAAAAUGAUUACCCAACAGAAGCAAGAGAUCGAAGAAUUGAAAAACAACCAAUUAGCUACCAUAACAAAUGCCGCUCAAAACCAAAAUCUUAAGAAUGAAAGGAAUUUGAAUUUAAUUAUCGAGAAUAUUUCAACUUUAAAACAGUCUGUUGAUCAAAAUCAGGAUAAAUGGAAAAAGUAUCUCCUUUUGUCCAAGAGAAAAAUUUUGUUGAUCCAGAAGAAUGAUUGUGAUAACCUCUUGAAAUACUUAAACAAGGAGAAUUCGUCCGUCAUAAAUUUAGUUGAGCAAUUAUUAUCCAAAGUGACAUUACAGAUCAGAGAUUUGGAAAAUCAAUACAACAAACCUGAUGAAACCGAUUUCAUCCUCAAGGUUAAAAGUGGUCAAUUCUUGAACAAUCUACAACAACAGGAACUUUGGAGUCAUUAUCAUACCACGAUAUUUGAGACACUCCUUAACGAUUUAAGAGAUCAUGUAGAAAGAGAAAUACUUUUCAACUCAUCAAUAUUAUUUGAUCAAUUGAUAAUGGAACUACAGGAAUAUAAUUUCUCAACUUUUGGACUCAUUGAUGUACUCAAUAAUGGUAAUAACAAGGAGAACAUGGAAUUCGAAUCAACAAAGUUGGUCGGAAUUCUUGAAAAUUUGAUUAAUGGAGAAUUUGACCAAUUCUUGGAGGCUAAGGCAUCACAGUUCUUUGCUAGACGUUUGGAGUCACUUGAACAAAAGAUCCACGAAGAUUUGAAACGAGGCAGCACUUCACCUUUGAAAAUGUCACCACCCAGGUCUGUCAAGAAAUUGUCAAGAGCCAAAUCUUCUCCUUCAUUCAGAUCAAGAAAAGUUCAUUUCGAAUCUGUUGAAAGUGACAUGAGCGUGGAUGAAAGCAUAUUGAAAAGUGAUCUUGAUGAUGAUUCGCCCUUACAAAACAAUAUACUUCAUAAUCUAGAUGAUUUGGACUUGAAACUUGAUAGCAGUUCAAAAAUAAGUCCCCAAAUCAACAAAAUCGUAGAUUAUAAGAGGAGGCCCAAAAGAAUUACAUCAUUAAGAAAAUUAGAGGAUAGACUAUUGUUGAAUAAGGCAUCCAAAGUGUCUGAAUUUGAAAUUAAAGAAUUUCCCAAUUUUAGCUUCAAAUCUCCUUCAGAAUUAUUGAAUUUCCAUGGCGAUGGGUCAAGAGGAGCUGAUAGCCAAUCUGCAGAGAAAGUUGAAUAG